GGUGCAGUUCUCUGGUAGCAUGGAGGGGACGGGUGUUGACAAACCCCAUACAUUCGACUCACAAAGCAUGCAUAGUCCUCUAAACACACAGUGUGCUGAAAGAGGUUGCUGGAGCGUGGUUUGUCAGAGGAGGUACGUCAUUGCGAGCAGCGGCGAUUGGCUGGAUCCCGCUCCUUUUUCUCCAGAAUUUGCGACACGAGCGGUCUUCGCCUCCGGAGCAGCGACAUCCCACAGUAGAGGCAGACAGCUGCUGCUGCUGCUCUGAGGGAAUGCGCAGUUCAGGAAUGAAUGCUGAAGCUUGAGAGAUGAAUGCUUUUUGUAAAUGGAAAAGGCUUGGGGCGAAAGGAGCACGGGCUGAGGGAAUAUAACGCGACAUUGUUUGCGCACAUAAGUUCGCGACCAGCGCGCGCGCCCUUCAGAGAUGCGCGAGAUAGAUCAGUUUUGUUCUUAAACGGAUCGUGUGUGUAUGCGUCAGAGGUGUGGAUUUGAAAGUGGUUUAAAGGACGGGUUCUACGUCAGACUGUAACGUGACUAGAAAUGCAAUUGAUCUCUCUGCGCACAUGCUCCUCUCUAACGCUGGAUUGCUCUUUGGAUCUAUUUUAGGUGGACUUAUUUCCCUCAAGAGAAAUGAAUGCAAUAUAGCGCGUGGACAUUUCUAUUCGCUUUCGUCUCCUCAAUUCUUCCCUGCAAUACAGACACUGCCCGACCCGGACUAAAUGAGUUCCCGGACCUCGGAGAGACUGGCGCUUUCUAUUCCCCACUGUGCCUUGAACGGAACCGCUCGGAGCAGCAAUGGCACGUGCUUGGACCCGGUGGACCAGCUGUUCCAGGCGUCCUCCUCCACCGCCGUGCUCUUCGUGCUCAUCGCCAUGAUCAUCGGGAUAAUAUUCGUGUCCGUCACGACCUUCCACUUUCACAAAAGCAAGAUGAAAAUGCGCAAGAUCCAGAAAGCCCAGGAGGAAUACGAGCGCGACAACUGCAGUCCCAAAGCGGCCAAAGGCAAGCCGGUGGUCCGGCAGUGCAUCAUGGUGAGACCCCCCGCGGGAGCGCGCACGGCAGAUCCUGGCGUGACAGAGGACAUCAGACACUCGGGACAGACCAGGGAUGAGGACUUGUUGGAAUCGGUCGCUGUGUCUUGAUAACGCAGUGGCAGCCUUUGGAAGACGCUGUAAAUAACCUCUGUAUUCUUAUGAUAUCACCCACGGAAUAUACCUAUUCUUCGUAUAAGCAUAAGACUUGAUGAGUUUUCAUAGAAGAUCCCGGACGAGGCUUUCUUUACUGGUUUUUGAGGAGGACUGAGGAAUGCUGACGGAAUUUAAAUCAUAAUUGUUAUUCAAUCAUAAAGAGAUCGAAAGAGAUGAAAAUGUAAUAAAUGAAUCUAUCAGGAUUUUGUUGAUGGGAAUCAAAUCAGAAUUUCAUAAAUAUGAAAUUUAUUGGGGGGGGGGGGUCUAAUAAUAAAUUGAAAAGGAUCUUAUUGAAUAUUAAUGGAUUUUAUAUUAAAAUUAGGAGUCAAUGCCAAUGAGAUCAAACAGAAACCCUUGAUGAAUCAAAUAAACACGUGCAUUCAUUGGCAUUAAUCAGUUUAUCCAGUAGGACUUCAGUGAAUACUUGUCAUCUUAUUGAUGGCAUCAAAUGAAAAUGUUCUAAAAAAUAAAAUAAAAAGUAAACAAUUCCAGGGUGGAGGGGGAAUCAGUUCAUUAAUCUUAAAGUAUAUUACUGAAUAUUAAUGGGAUUUCUAUCAUAACUCAAUCCAAUUGUGACUAAACAGGAGUCCUCUCUGAAUCAAAUAAGAUAUAGAAUUAUAUAAGAUAUAUAGAAUUACAAUUCUGGGGGAAAAAGUCACUGAUCAUUCAACCCAAUAAUGGAUUUCUAUUAUAAUUUGGAGCAACAACAAAAAACGAAGAAUCAAAUUCAGUAGGAUUUUACUGAAUCAUAAUUUGGAACCAAUCCAAACAAAUGGAUCAAAUGUGAACCGUCUAAGAAUCAAAGAACAUCCUUCCGGAUGAACUGAGGUGCCCGUUCUUUCUCUCAAGCCUCUCUUAGCGAAUGUUUUUCAGAAUUUCAGUAAAUCCAGUUGGAUUGUGUUUUAUACCAUUAGGAUUGUCUACAAAUUAUGAUAGAUGUGCCAUUAGCGUUUGGAGGACAAAUUAUGGACAUGCUGCCAGUACUUCAAAGUUUAUUACUCCGUGGUGAAGGAAUAAUGAGGUUCUCUUGUAUAAAGUCUGUACAGACGCUGUCCAGUGCUGAAAUAAGGACAGAGAUGGCGGUCUUCUUCAUGUAGAACUUCAACACUAUUCACAACAAUUUCCUUUGUUUUGGGGUUCAGAAACUCUUAGGUGUUAAUCUUUAAGGCAACAUCGUUGUUGUUUUUUCCGACAAAUAUUGGGAUUUUCCUUUAUCUCAGUUGCUUUUUUAAGAUAGAAGUGCAAUUGGUGCCAUUCUGGCUUGGCAUGAAUAGGUUUAGUGUUUUAACCCCUUUAUCCCCGAGACUGUUAAUGUGCAACUGCAGCUGCUAGUGGUAGUAUAGCCUAUACUUGUUUUGUUCAUGACACUGUAUAAUCAUAGUAAAACUUAUGUAACCUGAGGCGUUUCGGUUUUGUGUUACAGCUCUGUAUUAAUGCUCUCUUUUUGCAUUUUUGCUCUAGAUUAAUAUAACACUAAUGUCGAGUAUUAUAUUUUCAUCAUUAUAUGCUAGUGUAACAAUCAAUUAGAAAUAAGAGUACAUUUUAAAAGUCAUUUCAUAUAUUUCCUUGACGUUGUGUUGAACCGCAAAUGAAAGUUAUAGACCAAAAUCACAUAUUAUAACAGAUCGCAGUUUGAACUUUUGUUUUUAUUUUGUUCAGUGCAUUUGAUUUUGAAUUACUAAUAAAGUAUUGUGCAAA